AUGCCGAGCCUGGGCGCGCUGAGAUCAGCGCGCCCAGGCUUCGCGGACCUCUCCGCGAGCAGCGGCAGCGCUGCCGCUGCUCGCGGAGAGCUGCCGGCAUGCCGGAGCCUGCGCGCGCUGAGAUCAGCGCGCCCAGGCUUCGCGGACCUCUCCGCGAGCAGCGGCAGCGCUGCCGCUGCUCGCGGAGAGUUGCCGGCAUGCCGGAGCCUGCGCGCGCUGAGAUCAGCGCGCCCAGGCUUCGCGGACCUCUCCGCGAGCAGCGGCAGCGCCGCUGCCUCGCGGAGAGUUGCCGGCAUGCCGAGGCCUGCGCGCGCUGAGAUCAGCGCGCCCAGGCUUCGCGGACCUCUCCGCGAGCAGCGGCAGCGCUGCCGCUGCUCGCGGAGAGUUGCCGGCAUGCCGAGCCUGGGCGCGCUGAGAUCAGCGCGCCCAGGCUUCGCGGACCUCUCCGCGAGCAGCGGCAGCGCUGCCGCUGCUCGCGGAGAGUUGCCGGCAGCCCGAAGCCGGGGCGCGCUGAUAUCCGCGCGCCCAGGCUUCGCGGACCUCUCCGCGAGCAGCGGCAGCGCCGACGCUGCUCGCGGAGAGCUGCCGGGCAUGCCGGAGCCUGCGCGCGCUGAGAUCAGCGCGCCCAGGCUUCGCGGACCUCUCCGCGAGCAGCGGCAGCGCUGCCGCUGCUCGCGGAGAGCUGCCGGCAUGCCGAGCCUGGGCGCGCUGAGAUCAGCGCGCCCAGGCUUCGCGGACCUCUCCGCGAGCAGCGGCAGCGCUGCCGCUGCUCGCGGAGAGCUGCCGGCAUGCCGGAGCCUGCGCGCGCUGAGAUCAGCGCGCCCAGGCUCGCGGACCUCUCCGCGAGCAGCGGCAGCGCUGCCGCUGCUCGCGGAGAGCUGCCGGCAUGCCGGAGCCUGCGCGCGCUGA